AUGGAUUACAAAUAUGAAAAUUCUCAAUAUUAUGAUAAUCAAAGAUACCAAAACCAUAUGAAAGAAUUUCCACCGAAUCAGCAGACUAACGAAGUAUCACCACGAAUAAAUAAAAAUACAAAGCAUACACCAUACCCAAUCGACGAUAGUAUAGAAGUUAAUCAUCGUGCUCCAGUAACUGGUACAAACUUUCCAUCCAAACCGCAUACUUAUGUAACUCCAGUACACACGCCGGUAGAGCAAACUUUCAAAAUGAAUAGUUCUCAGAAUAGCGAUGCGAUAUCAAAUCCUUCAUAUUUUGAUGCAAAUAACCAAUUGGGAAAACCCAAUAAUAGAACUCCAGUAAUAAACCAACCUUCCUUUAAUGCAUCUUCCAAUUCAUUUGCUUCGUCAGAGACUUCAAUUGUAACAGCUCCUGAUAUGAUACUCAGCCAACCUCAGUCAAAGCCUGCCAUGAUGAAGAACCCUUCUAGAAUUCAAUAUGAAAGAACUCCAUCAGAUAACGAAGUUCCCCCAACACAAACGAGCAAUCUUAAUAAUACAAAAAACAAUAAUAUCAAGCAGAGUAGAAAUAUUGAUCUAUCAUCAUAUCCACCUGAGGCAAUCGAUUUUUAUGAAAUAUAUAAACGUACUCUUGAUGAUUCUUCGAAUUUUACAAAUGAAGUGCAAUUUAAAUGGUGUGAAACUUUAUUUGAAUAUGCAUUCAAGGACUCUUUUAUUUCUCAAUAUAAUAUAAAUGCAGAGCGAUUAACAAGAAAGUUAACGCCUGAAGAGGUUAUUAAAAACCAGAAAAUAAUGAUUGAUCACUCAUUUAAAGUAUUGAGCAAAUUGAUUUCGAAUAAGUACCCCAAGGCUAUAUAUUUAAUGGCCACCUUAUAUUCUCACCAGCCUUAUCUUAAAAUUAAAGACAAAAAUAUUAUUGGAAGAGAUGAUGCAAGAGCAUUUGAAUUAUACCAAAUAGCUGCAAAAUUUAAUCAUUCUGAUAGUUUUUAUAGAGCUGGUAUUUGUUGCGAAUUUGAAAGAGGGAUCUCAACUGAUCCUUCUAAGGGCAUUACAAGAGAACACAUGAUUCAGAAAGCUAUUGGUUUUUAUGAGAAAGGUGCAUUGAUAUGCCAAAACAAACUUUGUAUGUAUAAGUUAGGUAUGUGUUACUUAUAUGGAUUAAACAAUAAUAUUAAUGAAGUAAGCAGGCAGCGCAUAAUACAACCUGAUGUUAGAUUAUCAGUGAAUUGGUUUGAAGAGAGUGGAAAUUCUCAAUCAGUAUAUGAGCUUGCCAAAAUAUAUGAAUUUGAUAACCUAUUAAGCCCUAUAAAAAAACUAUUGAUUGAUUCCAAUAUGCACAAAGAUCCUUCCAAAUCCUUGAGAUACUAUUACAAAUGUGCGACAGAGUUCAAUCAUUCAUUAUCUCAAUGGAAACUGGGGUACUGUUACGAAAAUGGAUACCUUAAUUUACCUGUAUGCGGUGAAAAAUCCAUUGCCUGGUACAUGAAAUCAGUGAAGACCAAUCCCAAUGCUGUAGCAAUGUUAUCGAUUGCAGGAUGGUAUUUAACUGGUUGUCCCAACGUAUUGAGACCCAAUUUAGUUGAAUCAUUUACUUGGGUACUUAAAAGUUGUCAAUUGAGUGAUGGUAAAUUUAGUAAAGCUGAGUUUAUUUUAGGGUCUUAUUUUGAGUAUGGAAUAGGUUGUAAACAAGAUAUGAAUAGAGCUAUCAAUAGGUAUGAAAUAGCUAGCAAAUUAGGACAUUUAAGGGCAAAGGAAAAGCUACGACAAUAUGGCAUUCCAGUUUAA